GCUGAAUCUGUAAAACACAAGAAGAGGUUUACUGGCACCUAAGAAAACCUACACUUCUGGAGCAGAAAACGUCACAUCAGUUUUAGCACAGUGUCCUCGAGGCCAGUCUCUCCAGGGUCCGUCCCGUGCAGCUGGGUCGGGAGCUCCCACCAGCCCACGACUGCUGUCCCCUCUCCUGUCAGCACCUCCGGCCCCACCGCAUGUCCCACUGGAAGGCAGCCCAACACCACCGUCACUCAGUCUUACUCCUGCUCCGUGCUGGCUAUGUCGCUCUCCUGCUCCGUGCUGGUCAUAUCGCUCUCCUGCUCAGAACCCUCCAGGGCCCCUGAGCCUGGCCAUCAAAGGCCACCACCAGCCCAACUCGCCCGCCCGCGACUCCGCGCUUUACCAAGUGGUCUGCUUGUCCCCGCCUGAACAGGGCACGUUUGUGCCUCUCUCCUGCAGACCCCAGCCCCUGCCAGCCCAGGUCUCAGGCCGGCCUUGCUGCCCCCUGCUGCGUGUGGCAAACACCAAAGGGGACGUUCCAAGGUUCUUGCUGUGUGACCCUGUGCCCCGCUCACAGGCAAUGUACUGAGUAAGGACAGAUUUCGUAAUUUGUUAAAUGUCUGGCAUAUGUACUGAACCAGACCUCAGAGCACCUGUGAGACAGGCCACCUCUUUUGUAUCCCUCACAACACCCAGUACAGUGCCAGGCACAUGACAGGAGCUUAAUGUCACUUGGGUGAAAACCAGUAAGGUAACUGGGAAACAGGGUCUCAUCUGGGUUCCCCAGGCUUCAGGAGAGCGUGUCCCAGGCGGAAGCUGCCCGUGGAGGCUCUGCUGAGCGGUGGGGAGCUGGUCCGAACGCGUGGGCAACCGCCUCACCCGCCCAUAGACGGCUGCCUGCCGCCGGCCCCUCCCCUCCGUCUGCGGUAUGGCCGGCGGCUGCCCACCGAAACAAGGGCCCAGCUGUGUGCCCUCUGCCCCGUGCAAAAGUCCGUCUGAGCCCUUCCUUUUCAAAACUUCAAGCAGGCAAUCAGUCACUGUCCGCCGGGCACGUCGGGGGACGCCCCCCGCAGCAGCCGGCACGGGCAGGCCGCCAGAGGCAUGAGCAACGCCCGCGCCCCCUGGAGAGGAAGUGGUGCCCUGGCGGCGGGCAGGUGCCUCCGGCCGGCCUCACAUAAGCCCCAUGGCCCGGCCACCGGGGGGCACACAGACCCCGAGAGGGCCCCCCUCCGAGGAGCUGAGAGUCCUUUGCACCCACAGACCACCAAGGACAGACUGGUCCCAAAGGCGACGGCACAUACCGUCCUCGCUGUGUGCCAGAGACCCCUCCCAGGGCCCCGCGCAUUCACCUCGUUUAGUCCCCAGGACCGCCUCCUGGGUCGGCCCGGUUCUGAUUCCCAUUUUACAGAUGAAGAGAUCGAGGCACGGGGUUCAGGAGGCCGCCUGGCGGCAGAGGCUGUGCUCACCGCUACCCUGGCGGCCUCCCGCACCUCCUCCCGAUGGCCUCGGGGAGGGGGGACGGCCCAGGCCCGGAAGGACCUGCCCCAGCCCGCGGCCUGACCGCUCCGCCUCCCCCUCUCCGCUCGGCACCUGCGGGGGGCGGAUCGACUCCGUGGGCCUCCUCAGGGUGCGGCCGACCUCCGGGCCUCCCCAGCACAGCAGCCCUGUCAGGUCCGAGCUGGCCUGUCAGAAGGCUGCUGCCUUGUCUGCGUACAAAGUGAACACCCUGAAGUGGCCCCCUGUCUGCUCCCCAGGAACCCCACUGUCCUGUACAGGCCCUGCCUGGGCCACUGCCUCGUGGAGGAGGACCCCCGAGAGGGAAGGGCCUGGGUGCGGGCUGACGGUGCAGAGCCCCCGGUCUCCCGGUGCGCUUGUGAGGGGAGACCCCCGGGGGCUGCCGGGGGUGAGACACGAGUCCAGAGCGGGAGCGCAGGACAGGCACCGGAGAGAACUCGAAAGGAAGGAGGCAGUGACGUGCGCCACAGAGCCUCGGACACCAGGACAGGGGCAGGGUGGCCGCGGUGCCACCAGAGGUCAAAGGACUCCACCCGUCCGACUCCAGGAUGAGCUGCCGGGGCUCCUCUGGCUGUGCCCCCCAGGCCCCUGACUGGGGACCCAGACCCUGACCCCAUGACGCGGGCAGCCCGCAGCGCCCGGCACUCCCGUCUGGCUGGUCGGGCCCAUUGUGGACAGUCGCCCCGCAGGGCUGACCGUGGCAUGAUGUGCCAUCCAGCUCUCCCAUCGGGGACAAUGAGAAAUAAGCUCGGGAUUAACAGGCAGGCAGAUGCCCCCAGUGGGCCAACAUGUGACUGCAAACGGAGAUUAACUGGAUAAUGAGGCCGCGUCCACACACAGCCUCUGCCAGACUGAGAAGGCUUGUUUGUCACAACAAAGGGAUAGAGACAAAAUGCACAGAGGGUAAAGAAAGGUUACCCAUGGUCAGGUGGGGACAUUUAUGUGAUGACACCACCACAGUGCACCCGGCCCGGGAGCCCCUCCUAUAAAGCAGGUGGGCACAGCACCACCGCCCACUCCACAGAGCCACGGGGCUCCCGCUGACCCGAGACGCCCACGGCAGCAGCCUUCACCCGAGUCUUGGACCCAGUUCAGGGCCUCCUGAACGUGCUUAUUUAUGUACACAAAGGUGCCUAAGCCAGGCCCCAGGAUUUGCUGCCUGUUGCCUGACACCUGUGAGAGCACGGGGCAUGGAACCUGUCUUCCCUGGCACGCCUCUGGCUACUGCUGUGGGCCUGCUGCUGGGUGAGCCCCUUGCCUCUGAAGCAGAAGCCCUCUCUCCCUGCCAGGGGCGUGAGAGAGAAACCCCCUCGCCACCCAAUGCAGGAGAGCUGGUCAGAGGGGACAUCAUCUGGGCAGGCACGGCCGGCAGACGGUGGUUUACCCACAUUCCCGUGUUUCCCAGCAAGAAUCACACAACAGCAGAGCUUAGAAGGGGUCUAACGAGCGAGCCUGCUGGACGCAUCGGGAAACCGAAGCCCAGGUGGUUAAAUGCUAAGUGCUAAGCGCAAGGCCAGACUCCCAGCAGGGGCCAGAGUGAGGGCCCAGGCCUUCCCGUCCUCCACCGCACAGGGAGGGACGCUCACGCCACAGCGUGCGCGCCUUGAGCCACACGCCUGGCCUCGGCCCCCACGAGGCACAGAGCGGAUCCGACCGUGGGGCGUGUGGCGGGAGGCAGGCAGAUGGCAGACCAAGGGAGACCCACGGGCCGCGGGCACGCAUCCCAGUCCGCACACCUGUGAUGGGUGCUGAGGACCCAGGGCGGGGCGUCAGGAGAGUUUCAGCCCUGCCUCUUCGACAGGUGCAGCCCGACCUCUGCAACAGGUUCAACUGCUCCAGGAUCGGGGGGGGGGGGGACUUAAGCUAAGGAGAUAAGACAACCAAAGGAAGAGGUGGGCUUUACUCGGAUUUGCUACUUCUGGGACGUCCCACCUCAUAUGGAGAACUCAGAGCUGGAAGACAGGGGGUGAGAUGGGGGGUGGGGUGGCGAUGCUCUCCAAGGAAGUAAAUGUGCCCACUUUGGAAAGCAGCCGGGGCCCGUCCCUAGGCCCCCCGAAGCAAGGCGCUCCGUCAGGGCUACGGGAUCCGUGAGGUGCAGCCACAUCUGGCCAGGCAACCCUCUUCCAGGGUCCUGGGGAGUCAAUCCCUAAUCAUUACAUUCUUCAAUGAGAAAAAAAGUCUGGUAGCAAGUAAGGAGCUGGAAGUUUCAGAAUGUAAUUGCUGCUGAACGAGGGCCUGGCCAUCCCAGGGGUCUCUGGGAAAUCGCCAGCCCCAGAACGCACUCCGUGCUCCUCUACAGUAGAACUGCCCAACAUGGUGACUCAGCCUCACAUGGCUGUCAAUAUAAAUUAAUCAGAGAUGGGUAAAAUGAAGAAUUCAUUCCCUCAGUUGCACUGGCCACAUUCUAGGUGUUCAGCAGCCACAUGGGACUAAUGGCUACGAACUGGACAGUGCGGGCAGCGAACACUUCCGUCGCCACGGGAAGUUCCAGUGGACGGCACUGCGUCCACGGAAGGUGACUCGGUGUGGCCAGCACAUCUCUCCACAUCCUCCCGGGUGAAGCAGAGUUCUUGUCGGCCCUCAGUAAACGUUGUGAAUUAAAUUCUAAUUCAAAUAAGUUACCCAGGAACUAUUUUGAUGCUGGCCGAGAUAAAGAAACCGAGAUAUGUAUAUCAUCUUUCAACCGAGAAGUUGGCUGGUCACCUGGGGUCUUGAAUAGACCUGUCAACAUUAAGUACAUGAUAUCAAAGGCUUUCAUUAAUUACAUGAAGAAUAUGUGUGUACCAAUAAACAUGUUCAAAAAGAUGAAAGAGUACAAAGAAAAAUCUCCCUCCUGUACUUGAUCCCCAGCCAUCUAGCUCCUCUCCUCAGAGGCAACCAGUAUGUCAAGUUUCUUUCACAUCUUUUGAGAUACUUUAUGUACUGUGUUAGGCAGGCUAGCCCCCGAGGAUGUCCACAUGUAUCCUGCAAACCUGUGGCGGUGACAGUGUACAUGGCAAAAGGGGUUUUGCAGAUGUGCUUGAGUUUGGGAUCUGGAGGUGGGGGGGG